ACGUGCAAGCGCUUCUAUUACAUGAUUGAUGAAUUCCUAUACGAGUUCAUUAUCUUGCGGUCUUACAACUCGAUCCCGUCACUUCUAGAACGACUCAAACAUCGAAGCCCAACCGCCAGGUGUCGUCCAGGUGUCUACGUACGUCGCCUGGAUAUUGAUCUUCAGAUCAACGAUGGCAUUCAAGGACAUGAAGCCGCGAUGGGCAUGUACUCGUUCUGGGGAUUGAUACCCGCCUGCCCACAUCUGGCUAUCAUCAUUGCGAAUAUCGUCGAAUGGCGUCCGCUUGGAGAGCCCGUCUUUCGGCGUAGCCUUUGGUUAUCCCCAAGAGAGGCUCUACUUAUGACCAUAGCUACUUGCUGCGCUCAAACCCUUCGUCGCCUGGAACUUAUGGGAAAUAUCGUUCCCGUCGACGACGAUGUUAUCCACUUCCUUGAGUACCCCUUUCCUUCCCUCGAAGUCCUCAGAAUCCCUGGCGCUUCCGCCACAACGCUAGAGUUCCCAGGCAUGCACAUCGACUGGCCGCUGGACAUCUCUACGGACCCUCGCUUUGUCCAUAGCACUCAAUGGCCCCCGGAACCUAUGCCCCCGCCAAAUUCACCACUCUUGCCAAAACUUCACACAGAGGAACUUGUCUCGCAAUGUCUUCUGGAGGAACAAUUAAAUUCCCUGCGUUAUAUUGUCAUGAAACCACUUGAUGACGACUCUAUGGCCGAAAGACUAGAUUUCCUGCGACUUUGUCUCCUUCCAAGCCAAGCGUCUCUGCGUUCAUUCUUUUAUGAUGUUCAAGUUACUGAAGACAGCCUUGACAUCUGGCCGUUGCUCGCCGAACUUCCUCUGCUGGAGGAACUCUAUUUCCGCAGAGCGCCGGGCGCGUACAUCGACGGUGCCCGCGCCCACGCAAAACAUGAUCAUCUAGCAAGUGUUACGAUAUGCGCACUUGACAGUACGCGGCCUUUUGCAAACUCUACAUUGUGGGCAGAUAUCGCAGAAUCCGUUCGUAUCGGAUUCUUACCUGCGCUUAAAUAUGUCCAACUCCACGGUUUCGCAAGCGGGUACUGGUACGAGGAAGAGUUUCCCAAACAUGGAAUCGAAUUUCACCCCUAUAGCGGCCCUUUACCGUACCACAGCUAUGGUCGUUUGUAUGGCACACGCUCUGUGAGCAGUAGAAUUCGUUCGAAGGCCGCAAGCCGCAGUGUCCCUACCAUGUCAUCGAACAAUCGUCGACCUGCCAAACCGGUUUCACUCCCAUCCACUUCGUCUAGCCUGUUCUCCCGUCCGUCAGGCAGUUCAUCAGCUGAACCUAGACCAUCGGGGACCAUCGCUAGUCCAUUCA